AUGAAUGAUAUUCACCUAAUGAGGACCGAACUGAAGUGGAAUUCAUUAUGUGAAUCACAAACUGAUCAGAAGCUUGGGAGCUGGUGGCUGGGUCUCCUUAUUGACGAUGGCCUCUUUGAGCCCAUUGGUUAUUGGCCGUCUUUUCUGUUCACGCUCUUGAACGAGUACGCAGUGAGAGUUGAGUGGGGAGGUGAGAUAGUGAACACGCAGGCUUUCGGCCAUCAUACAUCGACUCAAAUGGGAUCCGGCUGUAAUAGAACUAUGGAAACUUGA